AUGAUCCUUAUAAUUUAUCUUUUUUUUUUUUUCUUCCCUCCUUUCUCCUCCACCUUCGGUCAGUAUGACUUCUCACUGGAAAAGAAAACAAUUGAGUGGGCUGAUUAUAUCAAGAAAAUUCAAACUGCCCAGACAGAAGCUGAACGCAAGGCAGAAGAAGCCUUAGCAAACUCAAAAGCAGCUCCAGAGGACAGCAACAAAAUGUGGUUCUCUGAGGGACCUUGCCCUGAGGCCAGGCCUCCUCCUAUUAACCCCAUCUUUGCCAGUCUGCAGCACAAUAAUAUUCUUACUCCCAUGCCAGCCAACAGCAGUGCUGUGAAGCAAAAGGUUCUCAGUCCACCUUGUCCAAAAGCAGACUUCAACCCAGCUGAUUUUGAAUGUGAAGACGACCCAUUUGACAAACUGGAAUUGAAAACUAUCGAUGAUAAGGAGGAAUUAAAAAAUAUUCUUGAAGUUCAUGUUGGUACUCCUGGGCCAGUUGUUGCCCAGCUGUUAGAUAAUACUUUGCCCAAAGGAGGGUCUGAGUCUAUGUUGCAAGAUGAGGAAGUUCUGGCAUCCAUACAAAGGGCCACGCUGGACUUCAAGCCCCUUCACAAACCCAAUGGCUUUAUCACUUUACCGCAGUUGGGAAACUGUGAAAAGAUGUCCUUGUCUUCCAGAGUGUCCCUGUCCCCUAUCACUUCAGUGAGCAAUAUCAAAUCCCUGUCCUUUCCUAAACUUGACACCGAUGACAGUGAUCAAAAACCAUCAAAGCUCACAAGCACUUUCCACAGCACUACCUGUCUCCGCAAUGGCACUUUGCUCAGCUCUUUGCAGACCUGUGCUCAGAGUGAACUGAAUGGACACCAUAUGGUUGGUCUUUCUGCUCAAAGUGGCAUGGAGACAUCAUUAUCCUCUUCAUCCAGGCUGCCUUCCCUGGCUGUGUCAACAGUUUGUACAGAAGAAGAAUCAUCUGAAAGCACAGCGACUACGGUACACACAGUCUACAAGGAAAGAGAAAUCCCUGAGGUAACGCACCAAAAUUUUCCAGUGUCUAAAGUGCCCAAAAACACCAGCUGCACAAAGCGGUCGGGUGGCCCAGCUCCUGAACUACAGCAGGCUCUCUCUGCUAGUGAGAGGCAGUGCAUAGAGACAGUUGUCAACAUGGGGUACUCGCCUGAGAAUGUCCUGAAAGCCAUGAAGAAGAAGGGACAGAACAUAGACCAGGUUUUGGAUUACCUGUUUGCACAUGGACAGCUUUGUGAGAAGGGCUUUGAUCCACUUCUUGUUGAAGCAGCUUUGGAAAUGCACCAGUGUUCAGAGGAGAAGAUCACAGAACUUCUCCAACUAAUGAGUCAAUUUAAAGAAAUGGGCUUUGAACUAAAAGACAUUAAGGAGGUCUUAUUAUUACAUAACAACGACCAACACAAUGCUUUGGAAGAUCUAAUGGCCCGUGCGGGAGCCAGCUGAAAACACAUUCCUGGAUUCUCGGAGUGCAAGGGAACAGGACCAGCCCCGCCACCUUCACAUCCAGUGUGACUUGCUCUCGGCAGGAAGGAGUCCAGCUUUUUGCAUACAUGGGAGAGUGCCUGCGUGCAUCACUCCAGCAUUUGUCUUUUCACCGAGAGCCAACAUUUGUUCUUAAAUUAAAUUAUUAAAGUGUCCUUUCCUAGGUUUCCUUUUUCCAGCUUAGCCACGGAGAGUUUAGACUGCCCAACCUCUACUGGAAUUGUACAUAGGUAGAGACGGGAGUGGUUCCCC